AUGCCUACACCACUUCCAUCGAGUUUCGCUUCGGCCGCUGCCGGCAACACCCAGGACCCCAGCCGGAGGGGGGAUGGUUCGACUGGCGGAGAAUGGUCCCGCACCCGCAUGAACGGAGCUACGCAGACCUUCCGCCGUCCUUCUGUUGCUACUAAUCCUUCUCACCAACGGGAUGGUAGUCAGCCUGUAUCUGCCUCGACACCUACGGCCGGUGGCGCGUACAUCCCCCCACACUUGAGCACAAAUACUUCUAGCACUGCACGGAAUGGGGACGCCCGGUAUUCCAAGGAUCAGCUUCUAGAGCUGUAUAAAGCGCAACGGGAGGAAGGAUCCCUGACUAAGAACGUGGAGGAUUACUUCGUGGCCGACUGGGAUCCCCACACGGUGUCAACUCCUGCAAAUGGAGCGUGGGGGAAGCGGGACGACCACAAAAACAACGCCGCGGGGCCUGAGGUUUGCUGGGAUCAUGGCGGCCAGGUGGAACCUCUUGGGAUCACGGGAAUGACGGACGAUGAGCGAGAGUUGUUCGCUGCCUCGGUCAAUUCUCCUUUGAAGCCCCCGCCCACCAACGCCGCGAAGGAAAAUGCCACCCCGGGCACUGGAGGUCGCAAGUCUUCGAUUUCCUAUCCUCAGGGCCAUAUCAAUAACUACACCACCUCCUCCCCAACCGCCGGGCGUCCGGGCCCUCGGCGCCGGGAGACUGGAGAAUCGAUCGGCAACCCUAUGUCGCCCACCGGUUCGAACUCCCGAUUCUUCCGCGACGAAACCAAUACCUCCACCCCUCCCCCGGCUCUGUUGCGUCGCAAAACUGAUUUCCGAGAGCCAAACCCGAAGGUCGAUGAGAAGGCCAAGGAUGGUAGGGAGAAUCCCUCCUCUCCUUUCGGUACCUUGAAACGCAGCUCCACCAAUCCCAUCAAUACCGGCGUCGGUGGGCCAACCUCCCCCUGGGGCUCGGCCUCGCAGAGCGCCAAUUUCUCCCCGAUGGGUGCCUUUGGGGCGUUCUCUCUUGGCUCUGGCUCCGGUACCCCCACAGGUGAAAAGAAACAAGGGUAUGGAAGUCUCCGUGGGGAAAGCAGGUUCAAGGGUUUGCUGGCCAAGGAUGGCUCUGAGGAUACGGCCGGCUCCAAGGAAAAGACAAUGAGCAACCUUGAGCGUCUUGCAGAACAAGACAGCGAUGGACGCUCGCAGUCGCCCUGGGGUGAUGCCGUGAAGACUCGUGCCAACCGAAGCGAGACGAAUCCAUUCGACGAGCCUCGCAGUGGCAGCGCGGCUCUUGGCGGGUCUCAGGAUGAAGGUCCUGGGCAACCUGAUCUCGGAUUUGGCGCCUUCGGGAUGACUUCGACGAACAUUCCUGGGUUCCGCGAGUUGAUGAGUCAAGAGAAUUCUCGACACCCAACUCCUAGCCUCCUCCAGGGACACGAGCCGACGAGCCCGACUAACACCAAUCCUUACCAGAGCCCGCAUGGUGAUCGUCACGGCGACCGGGCUGAACCGGAGGACGUUGACACCGAUGGAUCGGAUAUCCAGCAGGCGCAGCAUCCUGGACUUAGCGGACUUCGGGAUACUUCCAACCCCUUCGGCUCGAUGAGACGAGCUGGCUCGGGAAUGGAUCUUCCCAUUGUUGAUCGCAGCCAAAACUCCAGUGUCAAUGCUAAUCGCGCGUUUUCUGGUCUCGGUGGCUUGGGUGGCCUGACUUCUCUGGGAGGGACUUCGACUUGGUCUGGUGCUGCUGUCGGCACCCCGACUCGUGAGCGAUCUGCGUUUGGCGGUGGGUUCGGCGAUCCUAUCUUUGGCACCAUGGGCGAUCUUCAAUCUCCAAGCUUGUCAACCCUUGGCGGAGGUGGCCUCUUUAGCCCCCACGCUGGUAUAACUGGCACUGGAAGCAUCGGCCGCUCAAGCAAACUCGGUGCCCUUUUCUCUUCCAUGCAAGACGAGCAGGGAAGAUCCGAUUCGGUGGGCUUAGAUGGACUCGAUCAUUCGCAAACCGAUAAGGGCGGGCAGGCAAGCCAUCCUGGUUCAACACCUGCUUCCCAAACACCCGUUUCGGCCGUUGGCUCCAUUCCCAACCUGGCUGGUCACGAUCUUAGCCAGACCCCUGGCUCGGCUAUUCCUGCUUCGCAGCAACGCACCAUGGUUAUGCCGGAUAGGAUGCGCUGGAUCUACCGGGAUCCGCAGGGCAACAUCCAGGGCCCCUGGACUGGCCUUGAGAUGCAUGAUUGGUUCAAGGCCGGUUUCUUCAGCCCCGAAUUGCAAAUCAAAAAGCUUGAGGACACUGAGUUCGAGCCGCUGGCGCAGCUGGUGAGACGCAUUGGGAACUCACGCGAACCAUUCCUUGUACCCCAAAUCGGGCUCCCCCAUGGCCCUGAGCCCACUGUUGCCCAGUGGACCAACACCACCGCUGGCUCUGCUCAGCCUCCCUUCCCCGGCAGUUUCCCUAGCUUCGGUACUACCUUGACCGCCGAGCAACAAAAUGCGCUCGAGCGCCGCAAGCAGGAAGAGCAGUACUUGAUGGCUCGACAGAAGGAGCAUUUGGCUCAGCAGCAGGCCAUCAUGAAGCAGAUGGUUCCUCCCGGGGCUCCUUCCUCUUCCAUCAACCCUUCGCUGCAGCACCAGUCUAGCGCCCAUAGCCUUCAGAGCCAGCCCAGCUUCUCGAGCAUGACAUCCCCGGUGGGCUACCAGCCGUCCCCGAUUCAAGCUCCUAUGCAGUCCCAAGGUCUUCCCGGAUUCUUCGAUGGCGUUGCACCCAGACAGGGUGGCCUCUCCAACGUGGGAACCGGAAUGCUGGGAACCGACUUUGGCAGCCAGGAUCAACUCCCUGCUCUGCUUGAUCGCUUGAACGUCGGCCGCCAGGAUCCAUUUGCCUUCGGCAAUGCUGGUUCAUUCGCUGCCCGCCAGCCCGAUAACUUCCUGCAGUCUCAGCAGGUUAAUCAAAUGUUGCAAGAUCGUGCCCAGCUUCAGCAGGAACAGGAAGACUUUGACAAGGCCCAUGAGGAAGAUCCCUUCGACCAGCACGCCCGUGAGGAACGUCUUCGUCAGUUCCAUGCCCUCCGCGCCCAAGAAGGCGAGAUGGGCAUGCGCACCGCCGAGGGUCUCCCUACCCACCCUGUUACCGCUGCUCAACAACACGAAGCAGAUGUUGCUGCCGAGAUGGAGGAGGCAGCUCAACAGCUGACUGAUUCUGUUACCGGCGCCGAGCCUCUUACUCUGUCCCAGCAGGUCCACAAGGCUGCGACUGCCCAACGCCAGCAGCAGGAACAUGAGAAAGCCCAUGGCGCUCCUGAGUCAGUCUGGAAGGUCGACCAAGCUAUGCCCCAGCCUUUCCCUCCCCCACCCUCGGCUUCGCCUCUUCCGGCGCCUACCGCGCAGCGUAACCGCCAAAACGUCGCCGAGUCCCUGGCCACUGGAUCUCGUUCCCAGACCCAGACCCCUGUUGACGCCGCUCCCACCUCGGUUGCACCUUGGGCCAAGGAGGCCAAUGACUUGCCCAAGGGUCCUUCUCUCAAGGAGAUCCAGGAAGCUGAGGCCCGUACUGCCGCCCAGCGCGAAGAAGUCGCCGCUGCAGCCCGUCGUGCCCAGUUCCUUGCGGAACAAGAGCGUCUCAGCCAAGCGCAAGCACAGGCCGCUCCUGGCCUGCCUUCAUCGGCCAACUGGGCCAGCGCUGGAUCUCCGGCCACGCCUGCUUCUGCUACCUCGCCCUGGGCUACCAAGACCCAGCCCACUCCUACUACCACCGCGGCUAAGAAGACCUUGGCCCAAAUUCAGAAGGAGGAGGAAGCCCGCAAGAACCGCGCGGCCGCUGCCGCUGCCGCCGCCGCGGCUGCAACCCCCAGCCCCCCAGUGCCUUCCUCUGUCGGCAAGCGGUAUGCCGACCUUGCUAGCAAGGGCCCUGCUCCCGUCUCCCCCGCCGGCCAGGCCACCUCCAGUGCCUGGACUACCGUCGGCGCCAGUGGCAAGGUCAAGGGUGUGCCGACUGCUCCUCUGGGACCUCGCGCUGCCAGCGCAACGACCCCAAUCUCACCUGUCGUUACCAAGCCCCGGCCUACUGCUGCCCGUACUUUGACCAGCAGCACUCCCCAGUCCAACCCCAACCAAGCUAUGGAGGAGUUCACCAAGUGGGCUACUCUGGCUCUGAGCAAGGGGUUGAACAGCGGCAUCAAUGUCGAUGACUUUGUCCAGCAAUUGCUGUUCCUGCCCGCCGAGGCUGAGAUCAUCUCCGACUCCGUUUACGCCAACUCCCAGACCCUGGACGGUCGCCGCUUCGCGGAGGAAUUCAUUCGCCGCCGCAAGCUUGCCGACAAGGGCAUUGUCGACCCCGUCUCGCCCAGUGCUUUCGGCGAGCAGAAGAACGGCGGUGGCUGGAGCGAGGUUGCCAAGAAGGGCUCUGCUAGUGCCGUUGCUGCUGCCGUUCAGCGCGAGGAAGAGGCUGCCAGUUCUGCUUUCAAGGUCGUUGCUCCUCGCAAGAAGGGCAAGCGCUAA